GUUCUAUGCUCAAGCUAAUUCUGUGAUAUUGUUAAGAUAUAUCUUUGAUAAGUAUCUUUUCAGAGUGCUUGUUAGCCAUAAGAUUCUAGGAUAUUUACCAACUAAGCCCGAGUAAUAUUCCACUUUGGAAUACUUCAAAGGAUAACAUAGAACUUCUCAUCAGACACAGUGUUCGACUCCUCUAUGAAAGUGAAGUUUCAACUACUUUGAACUCCAUUAUGGUCAAUAUAAAAGCUGGGGGAAGUCGCCAUUUGGAAGUUCAGGACUAAAUUGCGUUCCCUGUCUAUUGAAAAAGCAGCCCAUCCUUAUCGAGCAGGCGGGGUCAUCCGAUAAGCCUUUAAACUCCAACGCCCCUCCACUUCAUUCUUCUCUACUUCCUGAAUAUCUUAGAAAUGGCCCCAUCACGCACAUCUCCAGAGCCAAGCCUGGCAAAGUCAGAGCAAGGCCUCACAAAAGAACAACUUACAACCUUCAAUCGGGAUGGCUACCUUAUUCUUCCCGACGCCCUCUCACCAGAAACCGUAUCCGCCCUCCUGAAAGAAACCCACUCCUUGCUAGAUAACUUCUCUCUCGACGAUCAUCCAAUGACCAAAUUCUCCACUGGAGAAAGCAGUGAACAUGUCGGUGAUGACUACUUCCUAACAUCCGGGAACAAGAUCCGAUUCUUCUUCGAAGAAGACGCAUUCGAUGCCUCCGGAAACCUCACGAAACCCAAAGCCCUUGCAAUAAACAAAAUAGGCCACUACCUUCACGCGCUCUCUCCGCCAUUCGCUGCCCUCCUGUCCCCACAAUCAACCCACUCCCCAUCCGCCAUUGCUCACUCCCUCGGUUUCCGCACCCCGCAAUGUCUUCAAAGCAUGAUUAUCUGCAAACAACCAGAGAUAGGCGGAGCUGUACCUCCACAUCAAGACUCGACAUUUUUAUACACCGAUCCGCCAAGUGCAGUAGGUUUCUGGUACGCGCUUGAGGAUGCGACAGUUGAGAACGGAUGUCUGAGUUUCUUACCCGGGAGCCACAAGAUGAGUGAAGUGGAGAAGAGAUUUGUCAGAAAAGCUGGUGGAGGGGGCACGGAAUUUAUAGAGAAUGAGGGAAGGAGAUUUCCUCUGGGCAAGGAAUUUGGGAAGGUCGAGGGAGAGAAGGAGGGAGAAUAUGUGCUUGGAGAAGUAAAGGCGGGCAGUUUGGUAUUGAUACAUGGGAAUUUGCUGCAUAAGAGUGAGAAGAAUACAAGUCAGAAGGGAAGGAUUAUAUACACAUUCCAUUGCAUUGAAGGCGAUGGGGCUGUUUACGAUGAAAGAAAUUGGUUACAGCCACCAGAAGGAGGCUUCACCAAGUUAUAAAUGUAGACAUAGACAGUUCACGAUGAGUUACAGCACUGUAUUUUGCAUUGAUUAUUGUAUUGAGAAGACUAUGAGCUGUAGCUAGCCCACGCUCCAAGCUCUU